AGACUGACAGUCAUCUGCGCUAAUUAUUCUGGACAUGAAGCACUGUCAAUAAUAUCUAUCGCGAUCUUGUCCAUUGUUUGGGGCCACGAUUGUCCACUAUUGACAAUUUAUUAUAAUGAGCAUUAAUCAUCUAUUUUUAUUUUCCUCCAAUAUUCGUGUUGUGAUCAGGCAUUUAGCUGUUUUUUGUCUGUAUUUCCUGUGUUAAUUAUGAGCAUGUGAAGGGACUAUUUCCUACAUUUGAGUUCAAUACAUCCGAGUGGUAAAUUUGGUGUCAAAAUUGUGCAUCAAUAACCGUAUGUGGUAUCAAAAGGAACAGGAUCUCUUGUAUCUUUCUUUUUAAUUUAUAUGUUACAACAGAAUAUCAAAAUUGAAUUUAUGACGCAACAAUAUAUAUUUCAAGUGGAUUCGUUUUUCAAUUUACUUUUUAAUCUAAAAGUAUUGAAUGGAUGGGAUAUGUUUGACUUAUAUGGAUUAAAAAGACAUGACACAAAAGUGUAUAAAUCUUUGUAAAAAUGUGAAUGUUUGUGAAAACCGUGUGUUAACCAAAGUCAUAUAAAUGGUUUUGAAAAAAAAUCAAACUGAGAAAAUGAUGCUCAUGGAUGAUGGAAUUGUUUGUGAUAGAACUCUGUUGCAUUGGGGAAAUUUACUUAAGGAACUCAAAGAUGAAAUAGCUGAGGUCUCCAAUGAAAUGGAGACCAUCGAGGUCUCAGAUGAGAGCAAAAACAAUCCCAAGAAUAAACAGAUGUCCAUUGGGAAGAAGAAAUUUAACAUGGAUCCAAAGAAGGGCAUUGAGUACCUGAUUGACCACCAGCUCCUGAACAAUGACCACCAGGAAGUCGCCAAGUUUCUAUAUCAGGGAGAGGGACUGAACAAAACAGCUAUAGGGGACUACUUAGGGGAACGGAAUGACUUCAAUAUAUCUGUUCUGAAGUCCUUUGUAAAUGAACAUGAAUUCUCAGACAUGAUUCUGGUGCAGGCAUUGAGACAAUUUCUAUGGAGUUUCCGUUUGCCGGGAGAGGCACAGAAGAUUGACAGGAUGAUGGAGUGUUUUGCGGAGAGAUACUGUGAGCUUAACCCAGGAGUUUUUACCAGUACAGACACCUGUUACGUGCUGUCUUUUGCCAUCAUCAUGCUGAACACCAGUCUCCACAAUCCCAGUGUCAAGGAUAAACCGACCGUGGAGAGGUUCAUCUCAAUGAACCGUGGCAUCAACGACGGUGGCGAUCUACCACCUGAACUACUGACGAGCUUGUAUGAGAGUAUCAAGAAGGAGCCGUUUAAGAUCCCAGAGGAUGAUGGGAAUGAUUUGAUGCAUACCUUCUUUAACCCCGACAAGGAGGGCUGGUUGUGUAAACAAGGGGCCAAAAAAAUCAGUGGCAGAAUAAAGAACUGGAAGAGAAGGUGGUUUAUCCUGAAUGACAACUGCUUGUAUUACUUCCAGUUCACAACAGAUAAGGAGCCGAAGGGAAUCAUUCCUCUAGAGAACAUCUCCAUCAGGGAGGUACCAACAGACAAGGCUAACAAGCCAUUCAGCUUCGAGCUGUUUGCCACGGGACAGGACAUCAUCAAGGCUUGUAAGGUGGACAAGGAAGGAAAGGUUGUAGAAGGAAAACACAAUGUGUACAGAAUGUCAGCUGCCACCGCCGACGAGAAGGACGAAUGGAUACGUUGUAUCAGACAAAGUAUAAGCGAGAAUCCAUUUUACGACAUGUUGGCAGCAAGAAGAAAGAAGGCAGCACAUGUGAAAUGAACAGCUGUUGUUCAUGACCAAUUGAGGCCCAAAAACAUUUGCAUGUAGCUAUUUACAGUUAACCAUAUGGACAUUAAAGACCCUUGGAUCAUAUGUUUAUAUAUGGAUAUACUGAAGCAUACUCAAGAGUUCUGUACCUUUUUAUUUUUCACCAGACACUAACACGUUUUGCUGCAUAUGAACAUGCCUCAUCUUGUAUAAUUAAAUUAAAUUGAUCUUGAGAGAAUCAACUUUUUUCAAUUUCGCUAGUCUGUGAUACUUCUCAUGAUAAUUGAAUUUACAAUAAUUGCUUUUUUUAAUUGAUCUUAAUAGAAAGUAGAUUUUUUAGCCUUUAAUUCUUGCUAAAGACUGACAGAAAUCUGUGAACAUAUUGGUUCACUAUCGGGUUUUUUUUUUCAAUGCAAAUAAGGUGCAAUUUUUUAUCCAGUGUGAAUUGUCAUUAUUUAUUUAAUUUAAGGUUUAUCUGAAAAUGCUCAUUUUGAGAAGUGGUGGAAUUGUGUUUGUAAAAUUAUCCCUGAUAAUUUAAAUGAAACCAAAAACAAAAAAACAUAUUUUCUUGUGCCAGCAUAACAUUGAAUGUAUCUAUUAACAGGAUUUUUUCUUAAAUGUAUUUUGAAUCAAAGAAGUAUAUAUUCCCAUUUUCUUUUUAAAAAAAUCACUUUUUAAAAAAUUUAGCUUUUGUCUCUACUAGAUAAUUUGUUAAAAUAACUCUUUCAAUAUUUUGUAAUUUUUUGAGGGUAAAAAAAAAAAAGUCUCUGGGGGUACUUUUAAAUUUUAAAAAAAUUACCAGGUAAAUAAUUUUUACUUUAAAUUUUGUUUCUUGUUAAAAACAAUCAGUUGGAGCCCUUUUUCUGUGAUAUUCACAAGGUAACUUCUCAAGGAGGAUGUUCUAGUCCUGUAAUCACAGCAUUGUAUUACAUGUAACUCAUUAUGUACAUAAACAUUUAUUUUUUUCAUUUUCAUGCUACUAUAAUAAUUGUCACCCACAUGUAUUUGUGUAUUUGAUAUAGAAAUAAUUGAUUAAUAAACGAGGUUGGCCAUUAUCA